CAUUCGUCACCGUCACCUUCAUCUUCCGUUUCCAAACCCAAUUCAAUUCAUUCAUCAACAGCAACAACGGUGGUUGCAGAAUGAGCAGCGCCGCGAAGGCACCGAGAGCUCGAACCAGAGUGGGGAAAUACGAGCUGGGGAAAACCAUUGGCGAAGGAAGCUUUGCGAAGGUCAAGUUCGCCAAGAACGUGCAAACUGGUGCCCAUGUUGCCAUCAAAAUCCUCGACCGCAACCAUGUCCUCCGCCACAACAUGAUGGAACAGCUGAAGAAAGAAAUCUCAACGAUGAAGCUGAUCAAUCAUCCAAACGUUAUCAAAAUAUUUGAGGUGAUGGCAAGCAAAACGAAGAUUUACAUUGUAUUGGAGUUGAUCAAAGGGGGAGAACUAUUUGACAAAAUAGCUAGACAUGGAAGACUUAAAGAGGAUGAAGCAAGAAGUAAUUUCCAACAACUAAUCAAUGCAGUUGAUUACUGCCAUAGUAGAGGCGUGUAUCACCGCGACCUGAAGCCUGAGAAUCUUCUUCUGGACUCUAGUGGUGUUCUUAAAGUUUCAGAUUUUGGACUGAGUACGUAUUCACAGCAGGAGAAUGAACUCCUCCGCACUGCUUGUGGAACUCCAAAUUAUGUUGCUCCUGAGGUUCUUAAUGAUAGAGGUUAUGUUGGUUCUACAUCUGAUAUCUGGUCCUGUGGAGUCAUUCUCUUUGUACUUAUGGCUGGUUACUUGCCGUUUGAUGAGCCAAAUCAUGUGGCACUGUACAGAAAAAUUAGCAGGGCUGAAUUCACAUGUCCAUCUUGGUUUUCGCCUGAGGCUAAGAAGCUGCUGAAGUCUAUUCUUGACCCAAACCCUCUAACUAGGAUAAAAAUUCCUGAAAUCCUAGAAGAUGAAUGGUUCAAAAAAGGAUACAAGCCACCAUCUUUUAAAGAGGAAGAGGAUAUCAAUGUAGAUGAUGUAGCUGCUGCUUUCAAUGAUUCUAAGGAAAAUCUUGUGACAGAGAGGAAAGAGAAACCCGAAUCGAUGAAUGCUUUUGAGCUCAUUUCAAGAUCGCAAAGCUUCAAUCUUGACAGUUUGUUUGAGAAGCAGAUAGCACAGGGGGUUGUAAAGCGCGAAACACAUUUCACAUCUCAGCGACCUGCAAAUGAAAUUAUGUGUAAAAUUGAGGAAGCUGUCAAGCCUUUGGGAUUUAAUGUUCACAAGAGAAAUUAUAAGAUGAAGCUGCAAGGUGAUAAGAGUGGAAGGAAGGGUCACCUUUCAGUGGCCACUGAGGUUUUCGAAGUGGCUCCCUCCUUGCACAUGGUGGAGCUGCGAAAGACCGGGGGUGACACACUCGAGUUUCACAAGUUCUACAAAAACUUUUCAUCAGGGUUGCAAGACAUAGUGUGGCAUCCUCAAGAAAAAUAAUGAAGAAUUUUAGGUGGUAAAGCUAUUGUUCUGGUUCAUGGAAGACAUCAUGCUUGGCUAAAGCUGGUGCAUGUAUUAGUUGGGAGAGUUUGGUUUAAUUUCUGAUAGAAGGAAAAGAAUAGAUCCUAUGGAACAUAGGCAUAUAUUUCUUUCUACUUAGAAGUUAGAAUAUGUACUCAAAAUAUUUUAUGAGCUUAAUUCAUUUCAUCUCCUUUCUCAUAUAAUUUCAUUAUAUGCAACCCUGGACACCCAGAUCCUCUGCUGCCUCUUCAACAUAAAAAAGAUCAACUAAUUAAUUUGAUAAGUAAUUUUUUUAUUGAGGUUAA